AAGAAAGCUGUGAAAGCAAGGAAAAUCCACUGAAUUUUGAAAAAGUCUUUGAGAAUUCAUCAACGGAGGAAGCCUCUUCAGUUGAUGCAAACUCAAAGGGUGAAAUUCAAAAGUACACAGAGCAUUUUGAGAACCUGGACACUACAGACUUGGAUGCUCCAUCUAAGGAAGUUGAUUCUGGAAGCAGAAAUGCUGCAAAUGUGUCACAUUUUGAUGAAGUCUCUGAGUAUUCUUCAUCAGAAGAAUGGUCUUCAGAAGAAGAAAGCUCAAACGGUGAUAUUGAAACUGACCCUGACCAUUUCGACAGCAUUUAUGCUAAGGACAUUGAUGCUUCCUCUAAGGAUGAGGAAGUUUGUUCUGGAAGCCCAAAUGAUGAGAAUAUGUGGACACAUUUUGGAGAAGUGUAUGAGUAUUCUUCAUACUCAUAUGAAGAAUACGAGUCUGAAGAAGAAAACUCAGAAGAUGGAAAUCAGAAUGACACCGAUGAUUUUGACUGCAUGGAUGUAAAUAAUUUCCCAGCAUUGCACUUUUGCAAAUUCUCCAACUCUUUUUUUAACUGUUGGCUGAAUGCCACGACACAAAGCAUCAUGAACCUGACUACAGUCAUAAGUUAAAGUUUCUUUAGUGGUACAUGUUGUAAAAAUAUGAGAACCUCUGUUGCAGAUGGAAAGAUAUAGUCUACCAAAGGCUCAUCUAUCCGACCCCCCAAAAAAACAAAAAAAAGUUAUGAAGAGCUCUCUGUUUAAAGAGACUCUUCCUCAACCAACCAGGACAUAUUUAUAUCUCUUCAUGACAGGAAAAUGUAGGCGAGUCAUGAACAGCGGUACUGUCAUUUGUUUCUUUUUCACUUAUGAAAAUCAGAUGCAAACAUUUGGUUCUAAAUGUACUUCUAAAGUAAAAUAUCUAUAUUUGGAUCAGGUUGGACUAGCAGACAACGUUCUGUUCCAGCUUAGAAACAUUUACAAAUAAAAACUGAGGUGUGACUGAGAGAGAAUCCUAAAACAGCAGAGAGUGAUCGACGUCGUCCCAAAGAACAGAUUCAGAAACCAUCUAAGAUGAUGUGGGGACUGUUACCCAUCUUACUGAUUGGAAGGCUGUAUGUAACUCAGCAGACAACAGAUUGCCGCAACCAGCCAGUGAUCGAUCUGACUGACACGAACGCAUCUCAGUCUUCGACCUCCGCUAAUAACUACAACCAACUGACCAACGCUGACAGAGCCUCUGACGGGAAUCCCUCCACGUGUUCUCUCACCCUGUUUCAAAAUAACUCCUGGUGGAGAAUUGACCUGCAGGGCGUUCACAACAUUUCCUGUGUCUGUAUAUACAACAAGAACUGCUCACGUCUGAACUUAAAGCCUGCCGAGAUCUACGUGGGAUACUCUCUAAAGGACAACGGCAAACUAGCCUACAACAUCACAGAGUUCAAGGCUGGCCAAAUAAACGUCUUCAAGUUCCCCAAAUCAGUGUUUGGGCGCUACGUGACGGUGGUCAGACCAGGACAAAAAGCCAUGGUUCUUUGUGACGUGAACAUCACUGGCACAACAAUAAAACCUCCAUUCUGUGAUGAUGACUGAUUGUCGUGAAGAAUCCCUGAAAAAACUGAGGAGAAAAUCAGAGAUCGGUUCUGAAUCCUGGAUGGACAGAGGCAGACAGAACGGCCCUCUGUUUGAAAUCUUCACCUUUUUUACUGAUUGACCAAAACAAGACCUGGGAAGAAGCUCUGUCUUACUGCAGAGAUAACCACAGAGAUCUGGCCUCCAUCUUGGAUGAACAGAUGCAGACCUUUGAUGAACUGGAGGCUGAGAAAGCCACCAGUCCCUUUGUAUGGAUUGGACUUUGCUACACCUGCAUUGUAGACUUCUGGUUCUGGGUUGAUGACAACGUUAUAAAAUUUAAUCACUGGGGUUGGGAUGGUUAUAAAGAAGACUGUGAUAUGAGUGAAGGGAUGGAGAAAGAAGGGGACCAUCGCUGGUUCAGCAAGUCUGACGAUGAAGAGUUUAAUUUUAUCUGUCAGUUCCAGAGAGAUUUAAGACUUCUACUUUAUUUCAAUUGUGGUAUUCCUUUGUGACCUGGUUUUUGUUUUUAAGAAUCUAAAACGUUCUAAUUAAAAAUAAAACCAAGAAAAACAAAUAAAUC